AUCCAACAUGGCGAGUGUAAGGUUUGGAACUCCUCCUCCGAAAGAUGAGAAAAAUCCAGCGUUGUCKCUUAUGCUUUCAAUGGCAAUGACAACUGCAACUUAUCCGCUUACUUCAGUGAAAUUAUUAGUYCAGGUUGGUCAUGAACCUAUACCUGCAGUUGCUACGAAAACCUUUUUUGGGAAUACAGUUAUGAGGCUACCAGGCCUUUUUCAGUAUGGUAAACACUUAGUCAAAACAGAUGGCUAUCUUAGAUUGUACAGUGGUCUUGUCCCAAGGUUAAUGAACCAGUUUAUUGGAUUAAUGGUCAAUGAUGCAGCACUUGAUGCACUUAAAAGCAAAGAUGAUAGUUCACUUGAUGCGUUCAAAUUAGAGCCAGCAGAAACGAACAUUCAAGACGACUUGAAAAGUUUUACUGUAGAGACAUGCAAGCAUACAGUGGCCAAGUGUGUUGCUGUGGUGGUAGCCCAUCCAUUUCAAGUAUUGACGGUGAGAAUGGUUGUACAGUAUGUUGGAAAAGAGACUGCGUACAGUGGUCUGGUGUCUUCAGUAAAAGAAAUCAUGAACAACCAUGGGAUAACAGGUUUCUUUGAUGGAAUUGUUCCUAGACUUGUUGGGGAGGURCUUUCAUUGUGGAUCUGCAGAACACUUCAUUUCCUGGUSACAAAAUAUGGYUUAGACAAAGAGGUUGCUUCAAGAAAAGAGAUCAAUAUGCUAAUGCAUUGCCAUGUUAAAUCAAACAUUUUUCUACUAAACAGGCUUGCUGGUGGAUCACCUCCGAACAUGCCCAUCUAUGAUGACUGGGUGGACUGCUUCAAGCAUCUUAGAUCUGGUGGUAACUUAUGGCGUGGUUCAAGUGUACUUCGUCGUACUUUAAAAGACAAUAAAAAGUGUCAUUAAAUGUUCUUCACAAAUACUGGUUUUGYAYCCAGGACAAGUCGCUUCUAAAAUGUGACCAGCCCUGAUACUUGAUCUKCCUCUGUACUGACCAAGAGCACAUAAUUAUGAAACAAAAGAAAAUAWACAAAAUGUACUUUUUUUACAGUGGAAAUCGUUGCAUCGAGACUUCUUUGUUUUGAAGUUUGUCUGGAUUUUGUUCUUUCUUUCAAUCUGAGGGGCGGAGCUUUUC